CCAUCUGGAAAGAUAAAAUUUUGCGUGCUUACUAAUGUAAAGACAUACGGAGGCGAGCCGAAGUUAAGACGGGCCGCAAACAUGUUAGAGAUGAGGUGGAUUUUUGUAGCUGUCGCUCUCUUCGGAGCUUUCGCAUCUUCUGAGGACAUAGAUACGGAAGACUUUCAGUGCCACAUAUUAUACGAAUACGAUGCUUCUACGAAAGGAACACUGUCCAGCCCGUUCUACGGAAAGAGGCCCGUCUACCAUAAUGGGUUAUGGUGCGAAUCCAGAAUAAGAGCACCAGAAGGCUACAGAAUUAAGCUCACUUUCAAGGACUUCGACAUCGAUCCUUCUAGUGGUUGUGUUCAAGAUAAGCUGAUAGUAUACGGCAAGGAUAAGCAGAGUAUUUUGGCUAUGCUCUGCGGAUCUCAGUUGCCUCGACCUAUCCUUUCCAAUGAAGGAGAGAACGAAGUUCGAUUUUUAUUUCAGACUGACUACAUGAGGGGAGGAAGAGGUUUCCUUAUAGAAUACGAAAGCUCGCCUUACAUGAAACUCUGUGAUUCCGGCUAUUCUGAAUGUAAAAACCGCAACUGUUACGAUCCCAGAAAGAAAUGCGACGGUGUGGAUGAUUGUGGGGAUGGAACUGACGAGGAAGAUUGUGGUUUUCCCGUAGUUAAAUUCCCGGAGGAGUGCGGAAAUCCGCCCAUCAAACCGAAAACCACCUGGGGUGCGCCGGAUAGUUCCCCAGAUCGUAUAGUAGGUGGUGAACCAGUCAUUCCCAACAGCUGGCCAUGGCAAGUAUCUCUCCAAUAUUCCUUCAGCGAUCCUAAUGGCCAUUUCUGUGGAGGCACUCUCAUAAACGCCCAAUGGGUUGUAACAGCUACGCAUUGCGUCGUAGGGAGUCCCUAUCCCGGCGGAAUCAAAAUUCAUCUCGGAGCUCACAGCAAAUAUAAAAAGACCCAAUAUGAGCAAGUGAGGAUCUCCAAGAAAGUGAUUGCUUAUCCCGAUCUCGAGCUUGACGAUAUCAGGAGAUAUUCUAUGAACGACGAUGUCAGUCUCAUCAAGUUGAACGCACCAGUGAAAUUCAACGAUGGCGUACAGCCCGCCUGUAUGCCCAGUCUUGGCUGGCAGUUACAGCCGGGUACUAUUUGCUAUGUGACAGGAUGGGGGGAGAGCAGAGGAUCCGGAGGAGCAGAAUUCUUGAAGCAGUCUGAUCAAAUGGUCCAGUCUAAAGAAAACUGCAGCGUUAACGAACACACUCAAAUAUGUGUUGCUAAACACCAAAGUUCUCCUUGCCAUGGUGACAGUGGUGGACCACUUUCAUGCCAACUCGGUGAUAAAUGGUACGUGUUUGGAGCUGCCAGCUGGGUCACAACCACUAACUUCAUGUCUGGCUUGUGUACGGGACCAGGUGCUAAAACCGUGUACGCCAAUGUUGCGGAUAAAGCAGAAUGGAUAAAGACCAUGAUAGACAGAUACAGCUGAAAAUGAAUGUUCCUUUAGCUUUGUAUAGGAUUAUUAUCAAUAAUAUAAAACGAACUUUAGUAAUAAAAUCUUAAGCCGACU